AUCUAAACCCUCGGCUCUGUCGUUUAACCGAAAGAAACCCUAAAUUGGCCCGUCUCUCUCGCGGUGAAAUUUUUUUGGUUGCAGAGAAAUUGCGGGGAGAAUUCCUCUCCGAAUCCGCCAGAUUCCUUGGGGUUUCGCCUCGGAGGCGCCGGAUUCAGCCCCUGCUCGCGCUCCUCGCUCGUGAUCUCCCGCCGCGCGCCGCCGGGGGGGAACGCCGCCGCCGCGUCGAGCUCCGUCGCCUGAGAUCUGGAAUAUGAGGGCGGGGUCGUGUGAUGGAAUGUGAUACGCGCGUGGGGUUGGUGGGAUUGAAUUUUGGUUGAUGGAGCAGAAGGUGGAGGGCUCAAAUGGGGCUCAGGCUCCUAAGAAAGCCAGGUGUCUGGCUGUUAAGAGCUUGUAUAGAGCCGGGUCGUCGGGGGAGGAUCCCGAGAGGCCGAAAAGUAAGAACUUGAAGAGGAAGAUCGGCUCCAACGAUGGUGGGGAUGAGAAUAGGCGGAAAAGGAGUAAGAAGGAGGUGUCUCUUAGUAGCUUGAAGAAGAGAAAGGAGAAGAGACUAAGUGACGUAACUAAUGCCGGGGCUCAUUUUGGGUCAAAUGAUUCGUCGGAGUUAAAGCCCGAGGUGGAUGAGAGGCCGAGCUCCAAUGGCAAUUUGAAUGGCAUUGGACUUAGUCUGGAUGACAACGUCGUCAAAAUUCCAAAGCGGAAACGCGGAACUUUGGGACGGAAAAGAGUAGAGCAUACUCAAGAGUCAAAUCCAGCUGAGCCCUCUGUCAGCAGAUUGGAUUUUGCCGGUCCAUCUGGGAAGCAUAGAGAUGGUGAUCCUGAAGGAGGAAGCGGUGGUGGAAAUGUUAAAGAGGAGGACGCUUUGGAUGAUUUGAAGGAGAAUGGGCAUAGUGUUGGCGGACCUUCACAGGAGCAGGAUUACAUUGUGGGGAGUUCAGCAACGGACAAUGGCAAACCGAAAAAGUCGGUCAAGAAGCGCCGAAAGCAGGGAGAGGUGAAGCCGGAAGGUGUUCAAAGUGCUGUGGUGGAGGCAGGUUCUGCAGUCGAUGUCUCUGCCAAGAGAUGUGAUGAUCAGCAGCAGGAAGAUGAUGAGGAGAAUCUGGAGGAAAAUGCUGCGAGGAUGCUCUCCUCACGGUUUGAUCCAAGCUGUACUGGGUUUUCUUCAAAGAGUAGAGCAUCGCCAUCACCAACAACAUCAUCAAACAGCUUGUAUUUUCUGUUAUCUCCUAACGGAAAAUAUUCAGAUCAAGCAUGUACAUCUCGUGCUUCACCAAACUCCCCAUCUGGUAAAGCAGCUAAUAGAGCCUUGCGGCCAAGAAAUCAGCACGGAGAAAAGCUGCGUUCCCGGAAAAGGAGGCAUUUCUAUGAAAUUCCUUCUGAGCAGGUGGAUGCAGAUUGGGUUUUAAACAAAAGAAUAAAGGUCUUCUGGCCUCUAGACCAGUGCUGGUACCAUGGCCUCGCAAAUGACUAUGAUGGAGAAACAAAACUCCAUCACAUCAAGUAUGAUGACCGUGAUGAAGAAUGGAUCGACCUUCAAAAGGAACGUAUCAAACUCUUGCUACUUCCUGGUGAAGCUCGGACUAAGUUUGCAGUGGGCAGCAGGAAGAGAAGAGCGGAGCCUACCAAUGAGGAGGAAGAGAGACCUUUGACUUCAGCCAAUGAUGGCUGUGUCAGCAGUUACAUGGACACAGAACCAAUCAUUUCGUGGCUGGCACGAUCAAGUCGUGGGGUCAAAUCUUCUUCUUCCCAUGCUGUAAAGAAACGAAUUGUCGGUCCAUCUCUGAAAUCGAAGCCUUCAUCAUCUGCUGCUGAUGCUGUGGAUACAUGUGGGGCCACCACUGCUGGUUCUUUCCCAGAAGGAGGCCAAACGGCGUUUCAUGGAGAUCGUGCCUCAAUGGGUGGACUUUUUAAUGCUGGAAAGGUUGAGAAAGUUGCAAAGAGCUCUGGAUCUCUGAAAGGUGGCAAUGCUCCUAUUGUUUACUACAGGAAGCGGUUUCGCCGGGCAGCUGGGGCCUUGUACCAGAGAGUAGAGGAUGAUGCCUUCUCAUUGGGAAAAUCAGAUUCUCAUGGCUCUUUGUUGACAAUUGAAGAGACGGGCUCCUUCAAAUUAGUAUAUCUGGUGAGAAGGGAAGCAAACGAUAUCAUGGUCAGUUCUCUUCUCCGCCCUUUUAGAGUAGAGGAUUCCCAGUUGGUCUAUGAUCUCGUUCUGCUUUACUAUGGAAGACUGGUGAACGUGUGGCCUGUGGUGAAGUUGGAGAUGCUUUUUGUGGACAGCAUUGUUGGUUUGAGGGUCCUCUUGUUUGAAGGAUGCUUGGGGCAAGCUGUAGCAUUUGCAAUUUCAGUUUUGAAUCUGCUGAGUGAGUCUAAUGGGGAGGUGAAAUUUGUAAGCUUGCAAUCUCCGAUAACCUCUGUUAGAUUCAAAUUCUCUAGUGUUCAAGGUUGUGAAAACCAACUUGUGUUUGGAUUUUACAACUUUUUGAGAUUAAAACGUUCUAAGAGGUUGUGUUUGGAAUCGGAACUGAGGGAGAAUUGUUUGCUAGUUGAGAAACUUUCUCCUUCUGAAUGCACUGACAAUGCUCUUCAAAAUGGAGACAUCCCAUCACUGGCGCCAGCUGCUUUGGACUCUUCACUAGAGGGUCUACAGAAGCUGACUGGUGAAGCAAUGCGGCCCUUGGAUGUUUCUAGAGAUAAUGAAGACAUUAAUGGGGGAAAUUCUUCAGGUUCUGAUGCAGAGUACAUGAAGCUUCUUCCGUUUGCUCUCUCCUUUUCCGCUGCUCCUACUUUCUUUCUGAGAUUGCACCUGAAGCUUCUUAUGCAUCAUAGCGUCUCCAAAAUUAGUUUUGUUGAGCUUAAUCAGGAGAAGAGCACUGAAACUGCAAGCAUUUUGGCUCCAUCUAACAUUGCCAUAGAUGCCUGCUCAAAGGAUGAUGUGGGAUUCCAUAAUAGCCAAGAAGCUCCAUCAAGAGAGAGUCCUUGUGAUAAGUACUCGCAUUGUGCUAAAGAUGAUCAAGCUGUUCAGCUAGUUGUUUGCAAGGGUGCAGAUUCGAGGACCCCUGAGGAUAACCAAAGUGGUGAUCUUCUUGCUGGCAGGAUUCACAGUGGUACUGCUGUAGUUGGUGAUGAGGCUGGGCAGGUGCAGGAAGGGCAAGGAAAUGACGCAGCAUCAGAAAAAACGUCAAGUCCUCCGCUUGACGGGGAGAGGAUCACAAAUGGCGCUUGUACUUCUUCGAAUGUUAUUAAGAUAGAUAUUCCCCAUUAUAAUGCAGGUGAAAAGCCUGUUGAUGAUGGAUCGCUGCGUGGUUUGCCACCUACUGGUAUGGCUUGUGAUGUGAAUGGCAGCCUUGUCCCUAGUCCAAAUCCCACUGCACCAAGAAGCGUAUGGCAUCACAGUAGAAGUAAUUCAUUUUAUGGACACUUCUCGCGUGGUUGGUCAGAUGCAAAAGCUGAUGGUUCCCUGAAUAGUUUUGGCAAUGGACCGAAGAAGCCACGGACACAUGUUACUUACUCAUAUCCUUCUGGAGCUUCAGGUUCAAGCUCAAAGCCACAGCAGAGAACAAUUCCUAACAAAAGAAUCAGGAGACCCAAUGAAAAGAGGGCCUCAGAUGUUGCCCGAGUUCCUCAAAGAAACUGGGAGUUGUUAUCGUGUCAUGCGAACUUGUUAAUUACAGUAGGGGACAAGGGAUGGAGAGAGAGUGGGGCAGAGGUGGUACUUGAACUUGUUGAGAAUGAGUGGAACCUUGCAGUAAAAGUUUCAGGAACCACAAAAUAUUCUCAUAAAGCACAUCAGUUUCUGCAGCCUGGGUCCACUAACAGGUAUACACAUGCUAUGAUGUGGCGAGGAGGGAAAGAGUGGACACUUGAAUUUUCAGACAGAAGCCAAUGGGCUCUUUUCAAGGAGAUGCAUGAAGAGUGUUACAACCGAAACUUCCGUGCUGCAUCUGUCAAGAACAUUCCGAUUCCUGGUGUCCGCGUGGUAGAAGAUUAUGAUGAUAAUGGAAUGGAGCUGUCAUUUCGCAGUUCUGCUAUCUACUUCCAGCAGGUAGAAACAGAUGUGGAAAUGGCCUUGAAUCCAUCUCGUGUCCUAUAUGACAUGGAUAGUGACGAUGAGCAGUGGAUUUCAUCUUGUCAGAGUUCUUCAGAUGUUAAUGAUAGUGGCUCCGGGCACGUAUCUGUGGAGAUAUUUGAGAGGACAAUGGACCUGUUCGAGAAGAAAGCUUAUGCUCUUCAGUGUGACCAUUUCACAUCUGAAGAAAUGGAAGAUUUGAAGUUUGGUGCAGGACCUGUGGUACGAGGUAUUUAUGAACAUUGGCGGCAGAAGAGGCAAAAGAAGGGAAUGCCAUUGAUUCGACAUCUUCAGCCACCAUUAUGGGAAAUGUACCAGCAGCAGUUGAGAGAGUGGGAGCUAGCUUUGAAUAAAGGGAACUCUGCUGCUUCUGAUGGAUGUCAGAAGGCCUCAGCUGCUGAAAGACCUCCCAUGUUUGCUUUCUGUAUGAAACCUAGGGGCUUAGAAGUCCCUAAUAAAGGCUCAAAGCAAAGAUCGCAGAAACGAUACUCAGUCACGGGGCAAAGCAAUGGUUUUCAUGGAGAUCAGGACAGUUUCCAUACUUAUGGGAGGAGAUUGAACGGACCUAGUUUUGGAGAUGAUAGGGCCGUCUAUUUGGGACCUAACUAUGGACAUGCAGACAAUUCUCAAGUGGCACAGACGUCUCCAUUGGGAUAUUCUCCACGAGAUGUCCCUGGCCAGGGAUGUUUUCCAAUUGGCAAUGAUGGAUUCAAUCGAAAUUAUCCUCCCAGACUACAGAGAUAUAAGUCAAAGAAGUCUGGUGCUGUUGCAUCUCCUCGACAUUCACAGGUGGUCACUGCCUACAGCAGGGGAGCCACGGGCAGUAAUAAGAAUACCCAUCACUGGAAUUCUCAUCAACAGUUUUCGUCCGAAGGCUCUCAGAGACCAUCUAGUGAACAGUGGGACCGGGAUAUGGAUGAAUAUAAAUUGUUGGAUGCAUCUGGUGCAGCACGGUAUGCAUCUAAUUUAGCUAAGCUUAAGAGAGAGAAGGCACAGAGACUUCUUUGCAAAGCAGAUGUAGCAGUUCACAGAGCUGUGGUUGCUCUCAUGACUGCUGAAGCGAUGAAAGCGUCUUCGGAGGAUAGGAAGGAUGAUGGGUAGGUUAUCUGAAGAUUAUCAGUGAACAGAUUGGUAUAGUUCUCAAUUUGACCCCGAAGAAUGUGCAGAUGGAAUGAAAAUAUUUCUCGAGGCGGGAGCUGGUCCAAGAUUUUAUCAGAUGCUGGUGCGCGUUUCACCAUGCACAGUUUUUGAAGGAAAAGUUUGUGGAGAGGGUAUUCAUAGAGAUAUAUUUGGUUAUCACAUUUAAUUGUCGAUAUUUUGGCAGUUUUCUAGUCUAUCCUUGCAAUACCUUAGUGAGAUUCCAGUAGUCUCUUACACCAGCAGCAAGUGUAUGCCUCAUUAGUGCUGCUUGUCGUGUUUAUUUUGCAAGAGCAUUGUAUAGAAUCUUUUGCUACCAUUCUCUGUACAGUCAGCCCACCCCCUCUAUCAAAUAAGAAAGAAAAAAAAGGAAAUGAAGAGAGAUUGACCAAACGUAA